UAAUACUGCUAUUACUAUCGCGGGGAUUUCUGUAAUUGUCGGAGUUAUUUGGAAGAUAUCAGCAGAAAAAGAGUGGCGACAUAACAAACCUAAUCGAUGGAUUCCCUCGAUGAUGUGGUCAAGACAAUUUAAAGACGGUGAAUAUAAAGAUCUUAAAUUUGAUUCUCCGGAAAAAUAA